UCUAUGCUUCUCUAAUCAAUAUAAAAAGCUCUUUCUCUAUCCCAUUUUCAAUAUCAAAAAUUUCUGCAAUAAAAAAAAUCAUUGUAUUAACAUAAUACUCUUCUUUUUUCUUUACAAGUCAUGGCAAAACUAGUUUGUUCCUGUUUAUUCAUAUCCAUGCUUGUUCUCUCUGCCUUUUUGGCUUUGCCAAGUGCAGAUGGAACGGAAAUAAAAGUGUGUAAUGCGAUAUUGAAGCUAAGCAAGCCAUGCAGUUUUCAAGAAUGCCAACCACUUUGUAUUCAGAAGUACAAGGGGACUGGCGUUUGUCUCGGAGAUAACAUUAAGCACUCUAAAUGCAAUUGUGAAUAUAAUUGCUAAGUUUAAUUAUAUUUAAUAUGAUGUUAAACUAGAUACAAAAUUUUUAU